UUGUGGACCGAUGGAGGAUUGUGGAGGGGAGGGAAAGAGAGAGAGAGAGAGAUUAUCGGGGCGGGACUAAAAGGGGAAAUGACGUCAUCGGUCUGCAGACUUGCACUGUACCUUGAGGCUGGACUUGGAUGGUGGGCUCUAGCGGCAGACCUGCCGGCAGCCCUGCCAGAGAUUACUCUCUGGCAGAGCUGCCGGAGGAGUUUGUCUGAAUUGAUUUGGUCGUUUACCGAUUGGGACGGAGGUGGUUAUUUCGUGUUGUUGUAUGUACCUACAAUCAAUUUUGUUGAGUGCCCGCCGUGUGACGAUGCGUCUCUGGCUGCUCUGCCGGCAGGGCUGCCGGCGGCCCGAGUGGUGCUUUACGCUCGUCACACGGCCGGCCGCCUGAAUGAUUAG